UAAAACCCACACACCAAAAAAUGAAGAGCUAGAUAUCAUCUGGAAGCUCUCAAAAUAAUGCAAGGAGCUGCAACACCAAACGAAGAAAUGAAAUCCACACUAGCUCGCCCACAAAGCACUGAAAAGUGCCCUCGCUGUGAGUCUCUCAACACCAAAUUUUGUUAUUACAAUAACUACAGCCUUUCCCAACCUCGUUACUUUUGUAAGUCUUGUCGGAGGUACUGGACUAAAGGUGGCACUCUACGUAACGUCCCCAUCGGCGGCGGCUGUAGAAAGGCCAAGCGCCAAAAACCAGUGCCCUCUUUUUCUUCUUCUUCCGCCGCCGCCAUUCAGUCUUCACCGGAGACCCAAAACGCGCCGCCGUCUUUGGAGGUGGAAACUGUCGGAGUUUUCGAGAAUUCUUGUUAUUUGGGUGGUGGGUAUUUUCCGUCGUCGGAAGCGAUUCAUCAAACGGCUAUGGAUCCACGGGUUUACUCGUUUGGAUUACCGGAGCAAAGUUGGGUUCAUCGGAGUUUUAGUGGUGAUGAUCAUAACAAAGAAUCAAACACUCGUCCUCCUUGAAUGCUGUUAGAAAUCACGACUCUCCACAAUGGUAUGAUAUUGUUCGAUUUAAGUAAUAGCCCUCAUGGCUUUGCUUUCAACUUCUCCAAAAUGAUUCAGAUUAAUGUAGAUGUAUUUCUUACUUAUAAACCCAUGAUUAUUCCCUAAAUUCAUGAGUCUCCCUGAGGCCUUUGGAGUCCUCGAACAGCCUCCCCUUAAUUUGAGCUCGACUCCUUAUCUAGGGCCCUUGAACAAGGUACACCCUUUCUUCGAUACUUGAGUCACUUUUAACUACACCGAGGCUCACAACUUCUUUAAUCGACAUAGCUAAGUUAAGGGCAUGACUCUGAUACCAUGUUAUGAAUACAUCUUCAUUGGUAUGAAGUCUUUUGGGGAAGCACAAGGCAAAACCACGAAAGUUUAUGUUCAAAGUGGACAAUAUCACAUCAUUGUAGAGAUUCAUGAUUCUUAA